GGAAACUUUUGGGCCCCAAUAGUGAGAUCUUCCAACUAUAUAAACCUCCAUAAACCAUUCAUCAAAAUUACCAGCUCCAACAAACCAUUUCUUGAGCUUCAAGUUUACGUCUAGUCGAGACGCUCAGUUCUUCAAAUCCUUCACUUUUUUUAGAUUUCUUAGACAGAAAAUGAGCAGGGAAGGAGAUUGGAUGUGUGCUGCAUGUCAGCACCUAAAUUUUAAGAAACGGGAUGCAUGCCAACGGUGUAGCUGCCCUAAAUAUGCAACACCAGCAGAUGUUGCCAUGUAUGGACUAAACAAAGCAGAAGUCUUAGCUGGAGACUGGUAUUGCAGUGCCAUGAACUGUGGUUCUCACAACUACGCAAGCAGGACAAGCUGCUAUCGAUGUGGUGCCCUAAAAAGUGAUUAUUAUGGUACCGGGGCAGGCUAUGGAUAUGAUGCAAGUGCUCUUCCUGGUUGGAAGAGUGGUGAUUGGAUUUGCAGCAGAACAGGAUGUGGUAUGCACAACUAUGCUAGUAGAGCAGAAUGUCAUAAAUGCAAGACACCUAAGGAUUUCUGAGGUGAUCUGAGAGAAAGUAAGUCAUAUUGAGGAACGCGGGAGUUUUUAUUGAAGAUUUACCAAAGCUCAUAAGUCAUAACCUUCAAAUAACCCUUGAUUUUAGUUUUUAUUUUCUUGUUUCUUUAGAUUAGUUUCUCAAGAAAGGUUUUAAUAUCUAACUGCAUUGUAACUCAUGUGCAAGUGUUCUAAUGAAUGAAGUAGCUUCAGAUUUUGCAUUG